UGCUCUACAACAAAUGAAGUUGUUAGUUGAAAAUUAUUUAUUGUGAAAAGGCAAUACUUUUAUUUUCCAGUCAAUACAAUAGUGAUAUCUAAUAAUAUUAUAAAUAGCACAAAGCUAAUCUCUUGGCAGUCACAGAAGCAGUGUGAUUAGUGUGUUAUUAAGAGAUGGGGUUAAAAUGUGUGAGGUUGUGGUUGAUGUUGAUUUUCACGUUUAUUUCUUUACAAGGAUGGAAGAUUGAGGGGUGUUUGAAGCAAGAGAGAUAUGCUCUCUUGCAACUUAAACGUUUCUUCAAUAAUCAAUUUUAUCUUCAAAAUUGGGUUGAGGGAGAUGGGAAUUCAGACUGUUGUGAUUGGGAAAAUGUUGAAUGCAACAAAGCAACUGGCAAAGUGAUCUCUCUUCAUCUCUCCUCUACAAGAAAUCCCGAUUUAGGAGAGUGGUAUCUAAAUGUUUCUUUGUUUUCUCCAUUCCAAGAACUAGAGGAACUUGAUUUAAGUCACAAUCUUAUAGCUGGUUGCGUCGAGAACAAAGGUUUUUCAUCCUCACUUUAAAUAAUGAAAUUUUACUUCCAUGUCUUUAUUAACAAGAAUUGUUUUGUAGGUUUUGAAAGAUUAUUACACUUGACUAAUCUUGUGAAUCUCGACCUUAGUUACAAUAUGUUCAAUGACAUCCAUGUUUUAUCAAGUUUGAGUGAACAUUCAACUCUUGAGAAUUUAAUCUAGAUUAAAAGAACUAAACCACUGUAAUCGUAAUGUUCUUUUAAAUGGCAUAACUUUUAUAUUAAGAUUGAUACACAAAACUAUGUAUGGUUAUUAUCAUUAUUAUUAUUGGACCGAUUUCAGUUUCAAGGUUGAGUAACUUGGAGUAUCUAAGCUUAAACGGUAACAAAUUCAACAAUAGCAUAUUAUCAUAUGUGUCUACUCUCUCAUCAUUAAAACAACUAGAUCUGUCUGACAUCGGAUUGAAAGGCAUCAUUGAUCUUCGAGAAUUGGACUCUUUGACCAACUUAGAGGAGCUGUCCAUGGGAGGAAAUGAGAUUAAAAAAAUUGUAUUCUCCAAAGGUGAAACAAGUUUGAGGAAGUUGAAUGCAGUUUAUCUAUCGAAUUUGAUUAUUAGUGAUGGAAGCAGUCUCUUUCAGACGUUGGGCUUAUUCCCAUCCCUAAAGUCUAUUAGAUUAUCAUUUAACAUCUCUAGUGGAGCAGUUACUACUUAUGGUAAGUUACAAUAAUAUUGAAAGUAACAUUAAUAUUGCUCAACAAAAAAGAAAAGAAAAAACAUUCCUUUAAAUUAUUGUCAUAAAAAUUUAAGUUACAAUAAUAGCGGCUCCAUGCA